UAACACGUCUUAUAAUCUUUUCAUUAGAGACAUAAUCAAUUCUAAAAUUUAUAAAUAAGUCAAACAAUAAUUGAUAAUCUGCAUUCUUUCUUUAUACCGACAAAUGGAUAUAAGAUAAUGCAAACACAAUAAGCUGACAAAAAAAAACCCAAUGAAUGCAAAAUUGCAAACAAAAUAGAUCGAUAGAAACCCGCAAAAUUGCAAUUAAAUGCCCAGCUUAUAUAAUCUAAAUCUGUGUAGUAUAAUAGUAUAUAGUGUUAAAAUAAAAAAAAAUAAAAAAAAAGAGAAGAAAGUGAAAAUGAAUUACAUUGCCGACCGAGAUUAACUACAUUAUUGUGUGUCGAAUACAUACUGAAAAUGGGUACAUUAAGAAAAUGUUUGGUAAGAGCGUUUAUAUGGCUGGAAACUUAUUAUAUCAUUACAGAUACUAAAUAUUUGACUAUAAGGUUUGUGUAACUUAGAGGUAAUGGUUUACGUCCAUUACGAAAUACCUAUUCAUCACAUCACUUAAACUUGUGGUGACAAUUAACUUAACCCUCUUCAAAGGGAGGAGCUAGGUAGGUUUAAUAUUUAUUUAUUUUUUUAUGCAAACGAGGGCAAGGCCCGAACAAGAACACACAUUACACCACCAUUCGUGGCAAAGCCACCCCCACCAUAUCCUCCCAAAGAAGGUUCUUUAUUUCGAUUGGAGGAUCAUCGAAAUAAACCACCUUCUCUUGGAGAAUAGCACCCAUAUUGGCAAGAUUAUCCGCCACUCUAUUCCCCUCCCUAUAACAAUGAAAAAUAACAAACGAAGAAUCAAAAAAAUUACAAAGAUUACGACAAUUAUUAACUAGGUGCACGCAUUCUCCCUGCUGCUGGUUGGCAUUGGAAAUUGCUUCUACACAUGCUUUGUUAUCCAUUUGCACUACAAUGUUUGUGAUGCCCACCUGUCUUGCUAGCUUGAGACCAUAUUCGAGAGCUAACAGUUCAGCUCUAUACGAAUGACAAAUACCGAAAUUAGCAGCAAAGCCCUUGACAAAGCGUCCCUCUGGAUCUCUAAUGACUCCUCCCCCACCAGCUAGCCCCGUAAACCCUUUCACAGCACCACCUGUGUUCAAAGUCCACCAGCCAUGAGGAGGAGCUAACCAACGCACCAAAAUUUCAGCUUUCUGUUAAGGACCUUGGCCCUGCUGCAUCAGAUGUGGCUUUGGAUUGGUGAAUACAUUCCAGACUUCAUCAACUUGGUGAAGGAUAAAGUCUCCUGCUUCUUUCGGAAUUUCGUCUUUUUUAUCAAAAACCCAACAGUUUCUCCACCUCCAAAUCCACCGUAAAGUGGUAGCAAAGCAAGUCGGCCAUUUUUCUGACUUAAUGGGAUCAUUCGCAUCCAGGUUCUUUACUAUCCAUUCAUUGAGAUCAUCAGAAAAGAAGGUAGGGAGAAGAGCCAUACGGCCCAUACCACCAACUUUUUUCCAGAUUUCUCGAGCUAUUGAGCAGUCACGAAGAAAGUUUAAUAGUGAAUUUGUGAUUAAUGUUAAACCAAACAUACAAAAAGGUAAGAAAUAAAUACUACUAUCUAUACUAGUAAGGGGGCGUUUGGUUCGCGGAAUAUAGGUAUGAGGUAUGGGUUUAGAAGGACUAAAACUCAUACCUUAUGUUUGGUUGUCAAAAGUAUGAUUUUCAAACUCAUACCUCAAACCCAUGAGGUAUGGGGUUUAGAAACCUUGGGGGGAGGUGGGUUUGGCCCAUUCCAUUCCCCUAGGUAUCAAAUAUAAGGAGGGAAGAAUGAGGGAAACAGGAAAAUUACCGCCAAAGUCCAUCUUCUCUUCUGCCGCCAUAUUCAUCCUUCACCCUUGAGCUGUUGAGCAGCAAUAGUUCAGCCUUCAUCCAGAAAUGGAGUCAUGUGGACUAUCCUUGUUAAGGGGGAAGAGAAAGCGACAAACAGAACUACUUGUAUCUUUAAUAGUUAUAAUAAAUUUCAUGAUUCUCAUGUAUUUCGUGCUACGUAGUUUAGGUGUAACUCUACAUAAAAUACACCGAAUUAGAGAUAAGAAACGUAAUAGAUUAGUUAAUUUAAACUCGUUGACUAGAGAUAGUGAUGUUGCCUGUAGGAGUGAAUUGCGUAUGAACAGACAUACUUUUGGUGUACUUUGUGAGAUGAUAAGUGAUAUUGGUGGAUUGAGAGGGACUAGAAAUAUGAGCUUACAGGAGAUUGUAGCUAUGUUUUUGUAUACAUUAUCUCAUCAUAAAAAGAAUAGGUCGAUAGGAAAUUACUUUUAUAGGAGUGGAGAAAGUGUUAGUAGACAAUUUAACCUUUGUCUCCUUGCGGUUCUAAAGCUACAUCAUCACUUGCUCAAAAAACCUACACCUAUUACAGAAGAUUGCGAGGAUAGUAGAUGGAAAUGCUUCCAGAAUUGCUUAGGAGCUCUAGAUGGUACAUUUAUUAAAGUUCAUGUUCCAAAUGAGGAUAGAGGAAGGUAUCGAACAAGGAAAGGAAACCUUGCAAUGAAUGUUUUAGGUGUUUGUACACCUAACAUGGAAUUUGUUUUUGUCUUACCUGGAUGGGAAGGCUCUGCACAUGAUGGUCGUGUUUUACGAGAUGCAAUUUCGAGGCCUAACGGUUUAAAGGUGCCUCAAGGUUGUUACUUUUUGGUAGAUGCUGGCUACACUAAUUGUGAUGGGUUUCUUGCACCAUAUAAAGGGCAUCGUUAUCACUUGAAAGAAUGGGGGGAUCAAGUACCUGUAAGUGCUGAGGAGUACUUCAACAUGAAACAUUCUAAAGCUAGGAAUGUAAUUGAGAGAACUUUUGGUUGUUGAAGGGAAGGUGGGCAAUUCUUAGAAGCCCUUCUUUACAGCAUUGCCCACCUUCCCUUCAACAAACCAAAUAAUUUGUAACACAAGGUCGCAUUGUUACAUCAUGUGCUUUAUUACACAAUCUAAUUCGAAAGCACAUGCCCACAAAUAAUUUUGAGGUUGAUGAGUCAUCGGAUGAGAGUGAGAAUGAGGAUAUUGGUGAUAAUGUUGAAUACAUUACUCAAGUUCAACCAUCAAAUACUUGGAUCGACUUUAGGAAUAAUUUAGCGCAAACUUUAUUUAAUGCUUGGAGAGCUAGGCAAAAUAACGAAACAUGAUUUUUUUUAAUGAAUGAC